AUGGAACAUGCCAAUGGAAUCGACCUAGGCACGACAUACUCGUGUGUCGCGGUUUUCAUUGAUGGAAAUGUGAAAGUAUUGGCAAACGACUAUGGCAGCUUGACAACUCCAUCUUGCGUUGGAUUCACAGAUUGUGAUCGUGUAGUUGGAGAAGCAGCUUUCAGUCAAGCCAUUCGAAAUUCGGAAAAUACGGUGUUUAGUGAGUUAUAUAUUUGUUACCUAAACUAUACGUCCACUUCAAUUAAUUAACCACUUUUUUAUUAUAGGCACUUUUCUUUAAUUUUUUACUAUAUUUUUUGGGCACAUUUCUUUGUUUCAGAUGCAAAACGUCUUAUUGGUCGCAAAUUCAGUGAUCCCACCGUUCAAUCUGACAUGGAACACUGGCCUUACAAAGUAGUAGAAGAGGAAGGCACGCCAAAGUUUCAAGUCCAACACGAAGGAAAGACUAAAACAUACCUUCCAGAAGAAAUCUCAGCAAUGGUUUUGUCAAAAAUGAAGGCAACGGCUGAAGAUUUCCUUCAACAUCCUGUCACUGACGCUGUGAUCACGGUUCCAGCAUAUUUCAACGACGCUCAACGUCAAUCAACAAAGGAUGCAGCCAAGAUUGCUGGGCUGAAUGUUCUUCGCAUUAUCAACGAACCCACAGCUGCAGCCAUUGGCUUUGGUCAUCAGAAGAAUGUCACUGGCACCAAGAAUGUAUUGGUUUAUGACUUGGGAGGAGGAACGUUUGACGUUUCUAUUAUGAGAAUCACGGACAAGACUUUCCAAGUAAAAGCUGUUGGUGGAAGUACACAUCUUGGCGGAGAAGACUUCGAUAAUGCUAUGAUGAAGUACUUGAUGAAGGAAUUCAAAAUGAAGUACGACAAGGACUUGAGUACCAACAAUCGAUCUCUGAGACGUCUGAAGGUGCAAUGUGAGCGCACAAAGAGAGAACUGUCAAACUUUACUAGCGUCGAGUAAGUAUUUAGUGUUUAUAUUGAAUAUUUUGUGUGGUUAAAGAGGUUACAAACGUUUUUUGGCAAGUAUUUCAAGCUAUUCCUUUAUGUUGAGGACGCGAUAUUAAAAUUACGAAGACUUAUUGUAGCUUCGAAAUUGAUUCGUUGUUCGACGGCGAGGAUUUUUACACCAAAAUGACGAGAGUCAGGUUUGAAAGUCUGACCAUGGAUCGACUGGAAGAGACUAUUAAAAUUGUGGAAGAUGUUUUGAAGGAUGCCAAGAUGGAGAAGUCCCAAAUCGAUGAAGUGAUCUUGGUUGGUGGAUCUACCAGAAUCCCAAAGGUCCAGGAAUUGUUGUCAAAGACUUUCGAAGGAAAAAAAUUGAACAAGUCUAUCAACCCUGAUGAAGCCGUGGCUUACGGAGCAGCUUUACAUGCUGCUAUUCUUUCUGGAGUCAAAUCAGAAACACUGAAAGAUGUGACGAUUAUCGAUGUUACCUCGCUUUCUUUGGGUAUUGGAGUCAUUGGUGGACACAUGGAAACUGUGGUCAAAAGAAACACCAAGAUCCCAGCAAGUAUUUCCUAG